ACUGAUGGAUUUCAGCUAGCGAUGGAUGCUUACAUCAGCUGUGAGAGGCUUUGACAGAGGGGAUUUGGCUGGUUUUGGACACAGAGUCCAGUGGGCAGACAUGGUGAGGCACAGCAUAACGACGGAGUUGCAAACCUUCCAGCAGUCUCUCCAGGAGAAGUCCCUGGCUGUGGGCCAAGUAGGGCAGAGCUGCGGGGGAACUCAGGAGAACGGGGUUGCUUCAGAGGAGAGACAGCACCUUUCACAGGGCCCAGCAGAAAUUGAGAAAAGCCAGCCAGUGAAUAUCCCAGAUGCAGCUAAAAGAAAGAAGAAGAAAAGAACUAGAGCAACAGACAGCUCCACAGGCACUUUUGAUGAUCUGUACAAACUGACGGAUGAGGUGCUCGGUCAGGGGGCUUAUGCUAAAGUUCAAGGAUGCAUAAGUCUGCAAAAUGGACAGGAGUUUGCUGUGAAGAUCAUAGAAAAGAGUGCAGGGCACAGCCGCAGCAGAGUCUUUCGAGAAGUGGAGACUCUCUACCAGUGUCAAGGAAACAACAACAUUUUGGAAUUGAUCCAGUUCUUUGAAGACAGCUCCUGCUUUUAUUUGGUCUUUGAAAAGCUGCGUGGCGGCUCCAUUCUUACACACAUCCAGAACCGGAAGUACUUUGAUGAGCUAGAGGCCAGUAAAGUGGUCAGGGACAUUGCCCAAGCUCUUGAUUUCCUACACACUAAAGGCAUUGCCCAUAGAGACCUUAAGCUGGAGAACAUCCUUUGUGAAUACACAGAUUGGGUGUCCCCAGUAAAGAUCUGUGAUUUUGACUUGGGAAGUGGAGUGAAGCUUAGCAGUGCCUGUACGCCCAUAACGACUCCAGAGCUCACCACACCGUGUGGCUCAGCAGAGUACAUGGCCCCAGAGGUAGUGGAGGUGUUCACCGAUGAGGCCUCGUUCUACGACAAACGCUGUGACCUAUGGAGUCUCGGGGUCAUCCUCUACAUCCUGCUGAGCGGCAGCCCCCCCUUUACAGGCCACUGUGGCACCGACUGUGGCUGGGACCGGGGAGAAACCUGCAGAACGUGCCAGAGUCACCUGUUUGAGAGCAUCCAGCAGGGCAAGUAUGAAUUUCCAGACAAGGACUGGGAUCACAUCACCGAGGGGGCCAAGGAUCUCAUAUCCAAGCUGUUGGUUCGGGACGCAACUCUGCGCCUGAGUGCUGCUCAGGUCCUCAAGCACCCUUGGGUGCAGGGGAACGCUCCAGAGAGAGGUCUUCCAACUCCUCAUAUUCUACAGAGGAACAGCAGCACUAAGGACCUGACCCAGUUUGCAGCAGAAGCCAUCGCCUUUAACCGGCAGCUCUCCCAUCAUGACGAGCAGCAGGAGGAUGUCGGCGCCAUCGUCUGCUCCAUGAGGCUUUCUCCUCCUUCCAACUCCAGACUGGCCCGCAGACGGGCGCAGUCCAACGCCCUGCGCACCACGGACUUCGCACCCGCUUCGGACGACCUCACAGCCUAAAGAGAGAGUGUGUGUGUGUGUGUGUGUCUGUGUGUGUGUGUCUGUGUGUGGCCUUGUAGCAUCAGAAGAGACUUAACUGUUAUUGGUGUAAACGCUCUUUCCCCAUGGCCAGUAAUCUUAUCACCUAGAGAGAGUUUAAGCACCAAGGGGACAGUUAAUCGUCGGCUACCACCUCCUAAUUGAAAACAUAGUUGAAACUCCUGAGAUUUGUCCAGGAAAUGUUUUUUUUUUAAGCUGCCUGAGUUUUAAACAACAGUUUUAUUUGAGAAUAGCUUUGGGUUUCCUUUUACGCUUAGUCUUAACAGAGUUGUUUAUUUUCUGUCCAAUGAUUUUAAGAUUUACAAUGACCCCAAUACAGCAGAAACCGCUCUUAAUGCCAGCAGUUUCUAUUGACUAUCUAAACAGUACAUAUCAUGAGCAACACAGCAUUACGUUGGCUCAGCACAAGUUUGCAGCUGUUGCUGUCCUAAUGCAAUAUUAUACCAUUUUGAUAGAUUUUAUUUAAUCUGGUUAAUAUUUUAUGUAAAUGUUUCUCAGUCACUGGAGGAAAGGGAUGAGUUAUCUUUUUUUGUUUUUUUUUUUUCCAAGCAUGUCAGUGUAUGUGAUUUGAAGUGUGUGGAUGUACUUAGAGGAGACUGUCCAUCUCUGAAAAUGGGCUUUUCUCCAUUUGACUUUUUUUUUUUUUUUUUUUUUUUUUUUUAAAAGUCAUUCUUGUCGAUGCUACGUAAAAUUUUCAGAAAGUGACAGAACGUGAAUGGAUGUUGAAGUUAGAGGAGACCCUUCGAUCAAAUAGUUUUGUAUUUCCUUCCAAUUCUAGCUUUCACUUCAACACAAUUUACCUGUAGCACUGAUGUACUUUAAAAUAAGUCUCUUAUUUGGUUUAUCUGAAAGGGAGAAGAUUAUCGUAAAUAAUCAGUUUGGUCUAACAAUGUGAAACCCACACCUGCAGUAAUUAUCUUUUUUAAGGUGGUUUUAACAACUUUUUAUCCUCAUUAGAAUCUGAUAUUAGCUUAUUUUAUUUUUUUUUGCACCAUGUCUUUGCACGUUUGUUACUCUAACGAUGUAACACCAUCCCAAAAAGACUUAGUCUUAGUUCCUAAUUGUCCUAUUGAUUUGAUAUGUCAGAGUGUUUUUAGUGUGAAUGACUUAGAUUUUGCUGAAUUUGUUUUGGUUGUUAUGUAGCUAGUAAGACCUAAAGAGGUUGUAUGUAUAGUAAUGUUACACUUUGUAGUAAGAUAGAGGAUUCCAAACAGGUUGAAAGGGAUUUAUUUUUAUACAAGUAUUUGUAUAUUGUUUAGUUUUGUAGUUUUGGUUCUGUGACUGGCUCUGCAUGUGCCAAGGGAAAGAAUAAUGGACUAACCAUGCUAAGACUUCUUAAGUCCAUCAAGUUCCUUUUGAGCUUUUUUUUUUUUUUUUU